AUGGUAGUUGAAUCGCUUACUUCUUUAAUUGAUAAUACCAAAGGUUUGAUGGAAGCCAAAGAUUAUGAUGCGGUUGUAUCUAAAUGUACUGAAGCCUUAGAAGAAUACCCAGCCUCUUCUACUCUUUAUAUCAAUAGAUCGACAGCCUACCAACGCCUGGGUCAACUUGGAAAAGCUUAUAAAGAUUCGGAACUGGCAAUCGUGGCAGCUUACAACUCUGGUAAACGAGAGAAAAUCAGUGAAGGUUUGCUUCGGCGAGCAAUUACUUUAUGCAACCUCAAACGUUAUGACGAUGCUUUGUUUUCAUUAGAAAAAUCUAUAGAAUACGCACCUGAAGAAAGCGCCACUCAUGGCGUCUGGAAAGCAAAGAUUGGAGCUAACUUGGGAAAAGAUACUUAUGAUCCUGAUCUUGUUACUAUUGAUGCUAUUCCUCAAAGUAUAAAAAUUCCUGAGCCUAUUAUUAAAUCAAAACCUGCUCCUUCUCCUUCUCAAAAUGAGCAAAAGGCUUUGCCACCUUCGGAUGCACCCUCUACUUCAAGUACUUCAACAGAUAAUUCAGACAAAACUGGGCAGUCUUCUGCACCGAAACCCGCUGUCUCCAUUGAACCCAAUGUUGAGAACAUUCGAUUUGACUGGUAUCAAAACGGAAAAAAUGUUGAUAUUUCUCUUUUCAUUAAAAAUUCUCCAAAAGAUAAAGUCAAUGUAGACUUUUCUGAGUCAUCAGUUUCAGUUUCUUUUCCUUUACCUACUGGGUCUGAAUUUGUUUAUGACUUCGAUCCACUUUAUGGAACUAUUAAUACUAAAGAAUCCACAUUUCGAGUUUUCGGUACUAAAAUUGAGCUUAACUUGGUUAAGUCAACUGAUUUAAAAUGGGCAACUUUGUUACGAGAAGGUGCUGAUAACACCGAAGGAGAAGCCACUAAAGUUUCUGCUGAAGAGGCACAGAAAGGACUAGGCAUUCCACCUUCAAAUACAUUUUUAUAUCCAAGUUCGUCAAAGUCUGGUCCUAAAAACUGGGAUUCUAUCGCUAAAGAUGAUAUCAAGGAGAUCGAGAAGAAUGAAGCCGAUGGUGAUCCUAAUGCAUUUUUUAGAAUUUUAUAUCAAAACGCUGAUUCUGAUACUCAACGUGCAAUGCUUAAAAGUUAUACAGAAAGCAAUGGAACUGCUCUUUCUACAAAUUGGGAAGAAGUAUCUCAAAAGAAAAUUGAAACUAGUCCUCCUGAUGGAAUGGAAGCCAAGUACUGGAACUCAACUAAUCUUAAUAAGUAA